AUCCUCUCCCUCGGCCAUUCUCCGAUCAGCCAGCAACGGAAACACUUAUUUAGCUGCACGUGGUGUGGACGCCACAUACAUUCUCUCUACCUCCGUUUUCAUCUUCAAUCAAGUCGCCAAUCCGCACCCCGGUUUAUCAUCUCGGGUGGUUAUCGCGGAUAUUUUUGUCACAUGAGAGAAAGAGCUCAGCCGCGAAUAUCAAGACUUUCUAUCGAUCAAUUUCUCCGUAAAUUUUCAAAUUUUCAUAGAUUCAAGUGAAACGCGUAUAGUGUGAAGUGAAAAAGAAAAGAGAGAACGAGAGAAAAAAAAUUAAAAGAAAGGAGAAUAAAAAUUUAUAGUGAUCAGUGCUUCAAAAUUGCUUAUCGAAAAAUUUUCUUCUGAUAGUAUUUAAUUAAUAAAUAUAUUAUAAUCUCCUAGAUAACAAGGCAGUGUGUCAGAUAUUCAUUUUGAUAUAUCUAACGUCGAGGGAUGAAGACUUCGAUAGGAAGGUGCCGAUCUUGAAAGAUCUCUUUAGAAUUUCGGAAAACGAUAUAAGGUUGGAGAAUUGGUACCGGAAGUCAUGAAGGCGAUAUUGUUUCUUGCGCUCACGUGCGCAAUAUUGACUGUCGUUCGAGGAGAAAUUAAUAAGGAUCCUGCACUAUGUGGCCGAAUCAAAUGCAAAAUCCCGUUGGAGAGAAAAUUUAAAUAUCAGGAGGACAUUCAUUACGUGUACACGUAUUCUGUGAACGUAAGCACAAAUCUGGGUUAUCAUCAAACAUCGCUUCAUCAUCUCGGAAACGAUUCGAACUUGUACAUCGACGCUACUUUGUCCGUGCAUUUCAGCAGCCCUUGCGAGGGCUCCCUCAAGGUUCUGAACGCCAGCAUAAGUCAUGAUCGUAGUACAUACAACGUCGAGUUUCCUGAUCGCGCUGGCUAUGAAUUUAAGACCAGUCUUGAGCGUUUCACACUAAGAUUUACAUUCGACGAUGGGAUAAUCCACGAGCUGUGUCCGGACCAGCGCGAGCCGGUCUGGGCGUUGAAUCUGAAAAGGGGCAUGCUGUCGAUGCUGCAGAACAGCAUGCGACGUUUCGACGUGGACCACGACGUUAACGAAGUGGACAUUUACGGCGCCUGCGACACUGAGUAUCGUUUAUACGAGGCCAAGCGAACCAGUUUGAUCGUAAAGAAGAGCAAAAAUUUGGCCGACUGUCAAAAUGGUCCCAAGUACUUCUCCGUUGUGCAAUCGAAUCCUUACAGAACUCCGCGAAAGCUACAUGAGCAACAUGGAUUGUUCACAUCACGCAGCGACUGCGAGAUUACGAUUGAUCAUAACAUCUACGAGAGGGUAGUCUGUGAUGAAGUACGAUUGCUGCAACCACUCUCCAAUGGUGAUAAAGCUGGUGGCAGGACCGAUUCUCGGGUCAUUCUUCAACUGAUCCAGGAGACAAGGGAGACGGAUUUCUUCCAAGAAUCAGAAGAAAAUGAUAGUGAAGAAAAGGACAAAGAUAAUUUUAUUCAAGACGCAUCUCACAAGAAGAGAACCACGCUGCUAUAUGACCAUGCGAAGACGCUGAAGACUAUGCAGGGCGAGUUGCGAACCUCCCGAGAUCUUCUAAAGAGCAUGUGUCGACUCGCAAACACCGAUGAGUUGCAGCAAAGAUUCUCUGAAAUAUUUACCAAUUUUAUUCGUUCGGCUCGUUUUCUAGAUUAUCCCCUGUUGUCGCAAUUGUUCUCGAGGGCUAAUAACAUUUGCAAAAUUGGAAAGAAGCACAUCAUCGCAGCACUACCAUACCUAAACAGCAACGCUGCAGUAAACGUCAUGAAGGAUUUGAUCGUAAAGAAAUAUGUUGAUCAGGCGACCAUUAAUGAUUGGAUCAUUACUUUUGCUUUGUUCCCGCGACCGGAUCGCGAGACCAUCAAAGGUAUCUCGCAGCUACUGGACUUUGAACAUCAAAUUUCGGACGUCCAGUUUAGUCUCAGCUACUCCACCAUUAUUCACACAUAUUGCAAAAACCACGAUAACUGCAUCGAUUUAAAGGAGGUGGAUGCGUUCCUGUCGCAUCUUCAGCGGAAAAUCUCACAAGGUUGCGCGCCUCGUCUUCAUUCUCCUCUCGUGACGAAAGAAACAUUGGAAGCUUUAAAGGCAAUUGGUAACAUGGGGCUUGAAACAAAGAAUUUACAAAGAGACUUGAAGAAGUGCAUAGAUGAUAAUGGUGGAUUCUUACCUAUGGAAGUUCGUAUUGCUGCCAUUGAUGCUCAUCGUAGACUGCCGUCCUGCGAAGAGACAAGAGAUGAAUUCUUCCUUGAUUAUUAUCGCAAUACGACAUUAGAUACUGAAAUUCGUAUUGCCUCUUACUUACAAGUAAUGCAUUGUCCUGAUUACAAUGUUAUUAAAACUAUCAAGCAUACUCUCAAAAUGGAAGAAGUCAAUCAAGUUGGUUCUUUCGUAUGGAGUCAUUUAGUGAAUCUCUACAACUCUGCCUCGCCUACUAGAGUCGAGAUUCAAAGUUUACUGACAGAUCGAGACCUCGAUAAUAAAUUCAACAGCGAUGUUAGAAAGUUUUCGCGUAAUUACGAAAACUCCUUCUUUUCCAAGGAGUAUAACAUCGGCGCAAAUUAUCAAACAAAUUUGAUUUUCUCACCAAAAUCAUACGUACCACGAUCAUUUACAUUUAACGUUACCACUGAUCUUUUCGGCCAAUCCGUGAAUUUAUUUGAAAUUACUACACGAAUGGAAGGUCUGGAAUAUUAUGCAGAGAAUCUUUUCGGUCCAAAUGGUGUCUACAACAACGAAAAAGUUUCGAAUCACCUUCGGACUUUUCUCAGAUAUUUCAGAUCGGCAUCGGAGAAGAAAAAUUACUGGGAUGGUGUAAAUCGACUGCCUAAUGUUAUCGAUAACAAUUUCGAUCAUCCGAAAAUUAGUUUUGGAUAUAAGAUAUUCGGAAAUGAGUUGAAGUUUACGACACUGGAUGGCGACAAGCAAGUGAUGUCUGCACUGGCGAAUUUCAAUCUCUGGCAAAAGAUGAAAGAAUUUUUGGCUAUGCAAGAAAUUCUCUAUGAAAGAACGGCAAUGUUCUUGGAUUCCUCUUAUGUCGUGCCAACAGGAUCUGGUCUACCGAUUCGCUUGGAUAUGGCCGGUUCCAUGGCUUGCAAUCUUAAGAUUUCGAAAAUACUCGAUGAUGCUCGAUUAUCCGACAGAGAGUUCCAGCUCACAGCUAAUAUUGCUUCCAGCAUAAAUAUCGACAUGGUAGGCACGAUGACUGUCGAUGCUUUUUACAAAUCUGCUGGGCUCAAGUUGCGAACAAACAUGUACUCUUCCGGAACUGUGCAGCUUCAUUUGAACAUAAAUAAUACCCGUUUAGUGCACGUGAGUUUAGGCUUACCGAAUCGCAAGGUAGAUGUGCUCUCGUUGCACUCGGACGUCGCUUUCAUUAAAAUUAAAGGUGCCGAAAUUGAAGAAAAGCCGUUGGGCAUCUUGAUAGCCGAUGAAAACCAAAAGAAUUUGCAACAUCCGGUAGUCAUACCUAAAAAUAUUGUCAGUAACACCACUUGUAGCUGGGCUGCUUUGGACCGGCUAAUAGGUUUGAAAAUGUGCACUGACUAUCAAUUCACGAAUAUGACCAAGGAUCUCAAAGCGCCUUAUUUUAUCUUAAGUGGACUUACGCUUUUCAAGGUCUCGUUGAUUAAAGCCGAUCCAACCGCUAAGAAUUAUGUAUUGGAGUAUAAUUGGAAUAAAACUCAGAACCAUAGCACAUUUAAGUUCAUGUUUGACACACCUGGCUCGCAGGUGAACAGAGAAAUAAGCGCUACUGUCGAUUUUGAUAUAAUAAAUAAUAAUGUUACUGCUUUAAUUCAUUCGGCUGGCAAUUCUUUGAUUGCUAAAGGCACAUACAAACGUUCUGAAAAUGAGACUUACAUGGAUAUCGGUUUCGAUAUCAAUGGUACAAAACACUUGGAUGCCAGCGUGGGUUACACGAGAAAGAAGUUUACUCAUGGUUACACUUAUCAUCCUAAAAUUCAUCUAACUAUCAAUAAUGAACGAGUUGCUGCAAUUUCAGGUGCAAUAAGGAACGCGCAAAAAAACAACAUCUCCCAAUUCGAUAUAGAUUUGACCUUUCAAACAAAGCGAGUCUGGAGUAAAUUAGUCGGCUACAUCGUUCAACGAAAUAUUAGCCUGGCCGGCGAUUUCCAGUUAGAUUAUCAGCUGCAACGUAUGCCGAAAAAAGAGACUCUUCACCUAGAGGUCUCGCUAUCUAAUCGUUCGUCGAAGACGCUCACGCAUAAGACUGCCGAAAUGAAGCUGCAAUCCACCGCUUAUCCGCAACUCAAUACUGUGAUAAACGCCUGGUAUCAGCAAGCUCUCGGCCAUUUAGAACUGCACGCCGAAGUGAAUUCGAAUCCGCAUCUCAAGGAUGAUCGACACAAACUCACGGCGCAGCUUAUCAUCUCUUACUCGAAAAUGUACUUUCAAAACCAGGGCACGAAGGUGAAUGCGCUAAUAGCCGUCACCAAACCCAUUCAAAACCUGGACCUCAAAAUGGGCAUCAAUCAUUACACCCUCGGCGCCGAAUCAAAGACCAGUUUGCUCAUAGGAUAUGCACCUGGCAAGGAGAUUAGUCUGAUCGUCAACAUCAUUACGCCGCGUGAUCUGCUAUUCUCCAUAGAGGGUCACACGAAUCUAACGAUUCCAAAUUUCAACUCGAUGUUGAUCGGGGCACGUAUCAAGGAGCGAUCGCGACAUGAAUACGAAUUGGAUUUCUCUGGCACAUGGUUCAGCGGUCACAACAUGACUGCGCGCGGAACUUACUCCGAUCGAUCAUCGGCUGCUAUCAUCAAUCAUCACUUAAAAAUGAUCUUGAAAUCGCCGAGCUUUGUCAAUUCAAUUUUGCUUAACUGUCAUUUGUAUCAGAAUCAUAGUGAUCUUAGAGUCAAUCUAUAUGCCGAACAAUUAGACUACGAUAAGUAUGCCUUUGUAUUGAAUCAUACAACGCUGUCGACAACCAAUAUAAUGUCGUAUAUAGAAGCUAGAUACCGCAGUAACGUGUAUUCGGCGAUGACAAACAUUGAUAUUACACGAGAAAUUCGUUUAGAGCUGCAUUUAGACAAAUGGCGGGACGUUCAUUUGACCUUAAGCGGUAUCAACGAAGAGAACCGGCAAGAGUUGGCAGCGGAGAUUAAGUGGGACGCCAACAGAGAUCCCGCCUUGAAACUCGGCACAAUGUUGCAAUUAAGUAGAGAGUACCUGAUGGACACAACUUCACCCGGAAUCAAGCGAAACACGAUGAUAACGUUGACUUAUCCGGGUAGAUUAAUAACUGGUUCUUGUGACCUGGUUAUACGUAGUCCACACAGUUAUCUAGUGGAUAUUACUGUGAAUUGGAAUCCGGAGAACAUAAUUAAAGCGUCGAUCAAUGCGGAUUAUGUCGUAAAAGUAGAGCCAGAAAUGAGGACGUAUGUCAAAUUGGAAUCGCAGCUAUUAACGCCUUUUGAACAAUGGAAAAAGACCGCCUUAAACAUGAGAUAUGUACAAUUGUCAGAUAGAGUCCUAGCUAGCAGUAGCGUUUACUGGAAGGAUUCCCAGUACGCAAUAGCGGAAUUCGAUGCUAGUGCGAACGAGCAUGAGGACUUGAAGGAAUGGAUGGCGAAUUGCGGUUUUACCAGCACUUUACACUCCAAUUUUUCGUGGGUGACCGUGAACAUCACUCACAAAAUGCUACGCUCGCAAACAGUUGACACGCAUAUGCUGAUCAAGUAUAAUCCUGACAAAACGAUUGACGCGCGCAGCAUCUGGCAUUUAGACAAGGAAUCGGACAAUGUAUUCAAUCUUACCGGCAAUCUGCACCUAUAUUCACCCUUGGCAAACUACCGGAAGAACGAACUCAAGUGCCAGCUGCGUCUCAUCACUAAUUGGAGAUUCUUCGGCGCAGCUAAUCUCGAGCUGGAUAAACGCAAAUAUACCGGCAACCUAAUCGGUGAUCUCGUACUCUGGAAGGAGUCUAAGGUGGAGUUUAAUGUCACCACGCCGCUGGAGAAGUUCGCCUUCGUUCGUGGCAGAUUCGGUCUGUCGGAGAACAACCGGCAUGCAGUGGCAGAGAUCAUCACGCCGAAUGGCCCGCUGGGUGUCGAAGCGUUGUGCCAGCUCUUCACCUCCGCUUACGACUUCAACGUCAAGUUCAUGCUGGCGACGCCCAUCGACUUACUGCAAAAGGCACUGAUGGUGGCCAAAUUAAAUAAUCGUGAGGCCGAUUUCAGGAUCGGUUAUAACAAUAUCACAGCAGGCUUUCUCGGUACUUGGCACUAUCACAACAUCACCGAUUUCGAUUACAGCUACAUAGUGCUCACACCGUUGGAGGGUCUGCAGGAAUGCGGGGUGAUUACCAAAUUGAUUGUGGUACGCACGGAGGCUGAAGACAUGCUGAACGUAGACACAGAAUUCUCAUUGAGAUUGGCAGACAAUAAACUUGGUAUCAAGGUGAAAGGAGGACCGAAACCUCCGCCUGUUAAGAUUCCGCUGAAACGGGGGAUUAUAUCCACGACAAACGAUCCUGAUGGUGAUGAGUCGACAGAAGAAGAGGAAGAAGAGGAAGAGGAUGAGGAUGGUCUCUAUUGGCGAGGAGAAGUGCAGAUGUGGCUCAUAAUAAUUCCGGAUAUAUCGGGAGAGUUAGAUAUCGAUACUGAAGGUGAUACUUAUAAGAUUCUAAGCACAAUCCAAUUGCCACUCGGCAAAAUCAUCAUAGACGACAAUUUUGUUAUGGAAGAUGUAUUUCAUAUAAAAAAUGAUCUACAUAUUGACUUGACAUUCAGUAAUAUCAAAGAGAUAACAUCAUUCUACAUAUUUCAAAUCGAUGAGCUUGAUGAGCAAUCGACCUAUUUCAUGGAAAUGGGCGUAAACGUUAGGAAAAAUAUUACAUGGAUCGAGACCGGAUUUCAUGGCAAUUAUACGUAUCAAAUCGACACGAAUAAUACGAAGGCACAUUUGGUAAAAUUCAAUAUAAGGACACCUUUAGAAUUUCUUAAAGACUUACGUACUAACGCAGUUGUAGAAAUCGAAGGCAAUCUUUACAGAAGUACAAUUACGAUUCGUGGAAAUCAAUUAAUCAUUGAUUUGUCAGGAAAUAUAAAGAUGGAGAAAGCUUUGCUUGAUAUGAUGAUUACGGGUGCAAUCGAUUCACCUAUUUUAAAAAUACCGAUAACUACAAUCGCCGCGAAAAAGGAUUUUACUGGAAGUAGAAAGCAAAUUAAAUUUAAUGCAGGGAUAAAAGAGCCUGUAUCAAAAUACACAUCUUUCGAGGCUGUUUGGCAAAUAGACGAGCAUCUUAUAAGAGCUUCCGCGAAACUGGAGAGUUGGAUAAAAGCUUUAGAAUCGCUGGAAACCGACGUCCUAUAUAGCAAUGCAAUUCGUAUAAAUAAUACUGCCAAAUUGAACGUACACGUAACGCAUCUUGGCGAACAGGAAUAUCAGCUGGCUGGAAAUUUAAGUAAUGGUAAGAUCGACGCAGAUCUACAUACGCCGCUGUCGCAAAAACCUCACUUCCACUUCCACGGAGAUCUAAGACAGAUCAAUGAAUCGUUGUACGACGUUAGAGGAGAAUUGAAGGAUCAAUUGCAAGCAAAAUCUUAUGAUGUCAGCUCUGUCAUUUUUGUGCAAAAUGACACUUUGACUUCGAUAGACGUAAAAGCUGAACCGAAAAGCGCGAACAUCGAUCAAAUCAUUUUUAGAUUGAAGAGAAAAACAUACGGUCUUUUGCUAGACGUCGACGGUGGAUCAUUUAAUGGCACCAUUGACGCAAAUAUUCUCAACAAUUUGAAUUGGGAUGUGAGAGCUCGUGCGGAUCUCAAAAAAGCUGAUAAAGUAGAUAUUUAUCAACUAAAUACUUUCAUGAAUGUGCAAGUGAAUGGCAACACCACUCUAUAUAUUCAUGCCGAGACACCCUGGAAUGAUAGUAGGACUGUGACGGUAAACGGCAACAUGAUGGUGACCAAUACGAGUGGUGACGUUCGACUAAAUCAUCGAUUAAAUGACGACAAAUGCCAUGCGGAUGUUCAAUGGAAGUUGAUUUAUAUGGAAGAUAUGUUAAUAAAACUGGUCGCAGGAUAUGACACCGCAGAUUUGGGCGAGAAGGAACUGUCAACUUACGUGUUCUUCAAGAACAUUGGUCGGUUGUAUAGGGCUAUCGAUAUGGGCUUAAACUUGGAUAUUAAUCGAAAGAUGUGGGAGUUCGGGACAAACAUGACUAUAGGUUUCCGCAGUAAGCAAAACUUUGAUACGGUGUUCGUUGUGAAAUUGCCACCUCCGGAUAAUGACGAUCAUCGGUUCUUGAUUAGUUAUCACACUAGCAAGGACAUGCAGGACAUUUCUUAUGUCGUGGGUUACAAUGCUGCUCAAGCGAAGAGUAAUUAUGCUUCGGAUGGAUCGGUUCGUAUGGCUACACGCGAUAUUAAUGGACACUUCCGAGUGACAUGGGGUUUACUGUCGACGCAAUCUGUGAACAAUCUUUUUAAUAUCACCUUCGAUAAUAAAGAAAUCGAGCUCAAAUAUUCUCUGUAUACGCCGAAAUUUCUGCAAGAAGAAACACUUGUAUUUCUCUUUAGUUACGACGGUAAUUCUGAUGAACGAAAUUUAAUUAAUGCCGAUCUCUUUUAUCCUCCAAGACAACAAAUUGGAACCGCAAGGAUAUUUUAUGAAAGUCUAAUUAAUGUUAAUGGAACCAUUAACGCUUCGAUAUCUACUCGGAAUUUAGCAUACGUCGGAUGCAACUUUGUUGUACUUACUACUUUGAAACAGAAUAAAAGAUUCGUUGAGUUCUUCUGGCCUAAUAAUACGGCUUCACUCAACUCCGAUUACAAUUAUUACAGCGAGCGAUUAGACUCGAAUCUAGAUGGUGUUUUGCAUAUAGAAGUUCCUCUGAAUACUCGUCACGUCAGCCAUCUGACUUUUGGCUAUAAAAAACGUCCACAGAUGACCACGGGCCAUUCGAGUUUGACUUACAAUAACGAGACAGUGUUGCAUGCUCAAUAUAAUUCAAAGAGUGAAUCCCGGGCUGGCUUCGAAAAGGAUCGUAUUCAAAUCACUGUGGAGAACAUCUAUAAGCCCAUAGGCAUCGUCUACGUGAAUCAAUAUGAGUACAGCGGUGGAAACGAGGGGACCAACUAUCCCACUGUCGAAUUCAAACAAGUGAAUAUUUAUCGAUUAGAUAACAGCUCCGCUUUCAAUAUCGCCGGUGAAUCCAGAAUCCGAACUACCCACACCGGCCAGGAUAUCCACUUGAAGGCGAUGCACUCGAACAAGACAGUGCAGCUGAAGACGGACUACCAAGUAUUGCCUGGCGAAUUCGAUCAGAAUACAUGGUUAAGUCUGGCCGAGGAUGCCUGGGUGUCUUAUCAUAUAAACAUCUUGAACAAAACUACCGAGGACAUGGACAAUCAGUACCUCAUCCUUAGUUGCUCUUAUCCUCUACGAAACUUCACUAUAGACGGUUCAUAUAAAAUCACCAGCGACGAGGUGAGCUCCGAAGCAAACUUGCAAUGGAAACGCGACGAAGAAAAAUUGAGGAUUGUCGGUGCGGCAUUUAAUUGGACGAAUAUUAACAGCACAUCCAUGGAGAAACAACAGCAAGUCGAACUGAGUCUUCGACAUCCGACCUUCGAAGAGAAGAAUGUCACGUUGAAGGGCAUAUUAAUGAAGAGAAACCACAAGGACUUAUUAAACGCCGUCUUCACUGCGAAUUACUCUACCAACGAGGACAAGCUGUUGACGUUAUCCGCUUUGUUAAGGGACGAGAGCGAUGCAUCGAGCAGGAAGUAUUUCUAUAAAAUAGUCGGCAAGCACGUCAACACCAGAUUAGAUCUCGACGUCGAAGGAUUCGUUCGCAGACAAGGAUAUAUGUUACUCGAAACAGAGAAUCAUGCUCGAUACACGCGCAGUUAUGUGUCUAAUGAAGCUGGAGAAUUGAUUGGUCGAAUCGAUCGGAAAUCGAGGGAGAUUUUCUUCCGACGAGUAAAUAAUGAGGCGGUCAAAUAUUUCGCAAUUGGUUAUUAUCCAUCGUCUUCUCGUUACGUCAUAAAUGGUAGCGCUAUCAAUACGCCGGAACUCAAUGCUACCGGUGCCUUCUUCUUAGAUCCAAGUGAGAAGCUUAUUUGGACGAUGGUUAAUUACACGCCUGAUGCACGAGUGAGUUUUAGAAUGCAUGGUAAUAUUCCGGACGCUCGAAAUGCCAUAUUUAAUAUUUGGAGGACAUACGACGACGAUUUAACCAUUUCGGAUGUUUCUUUCUAUUUGAAAUUAAAUCACUCGAGACUCAUUACUUCAACUUUACGAUGGCGACCCGAACUUAAGAGUGAUAUUGUUAAUACUGUAAAAACGACAUUUAACGAAAUGUGUGAAAGUGUAAAUGAUGAUAUCGAUUAUUGGAAACAAUAUAUAAAAACUGAAGUAAUAAAUGCCAUCACGGAUGUGUGGCAAGACGCUGAACAGGAUAUUUCAGGAUUCCUUGACGAUUGGUAUGAUUUAAAAAAUCUCGAGUAUGACUUUGAAGAACUCCAGAUAUAUUUGAACGAGUCUUAUAAUGCUAAUCACUUCUACAUCAAAGAUAUCGUUGGUAUCGGAAUAUACGUCGUCGAUGAAUUGUCUCUGCGAAGUCAUAUCCAAUCUCUUCCUAAUAUUUUGAACGAGAUUUGGGAAAUAAUGGGCGGCUCCGGCGAAGCCCUGCGAAAUUCAUUGCUCUGGCUGAUUGAGACCAUCAAAAACGCUUAUUACAAAGUAUCCGAGAUUAUCGCCGCUGUGCUGAGAGGUGACUCGGUGUCGCAAGUAGCGAACAUAAUCGAGAAGCUGAUUGAGAAAUACGACAUGUUCAUUAAGGAUCUGCACGUGUCCUUCAUCAAAUACAUGGAGAAUCUUUGGAACACAAUUUUUUCGUCCAUCUCGGAACAAUGGCAUCGCUUCUUGAAAUUAAUGGAACCUCUAUUUAUCCGAUUCAUUCAUUAUCUUGAGACACUCUCCUGGAAAGCGAGUAGGGAGAUGCUCGAUUUCUUGUACGAUCGUAAGAAGGAGAUUAUCACGUCGCCGUACUUUGAUCGUUUCACCAACUUUACGCAGGACGUCGACAAAGUUUAUCGCGACAUUAAAGCGAACGAUAUAGUGACUAACGUGCACAAAUAUUCGCGUCUGGUGAUACAAUUCAUAAAACAACGCUAUUUUGCCUUUGUGCCGUUUGGCAAAGAACUUAAUGACGUCACAGAGGAAAUUGUGUCAGAAUUGAAGGAGCUUCGAAAACUACCAUCGGUCAAUUACGCUCUGGAUAAACUCGAGCAAAUGUACGAUAAAAUCGGUUAUCUUAGUGAGUACUUUGAAGUCAGGGUUAAGAUAGAAGGUCUCAUUCAGCUGGUACAUUCCAAGAUGAUGGACAUCGGUCAGACGGCGUUACAAGCUGAGAGUCAAUACAGGGAAGCCAAAACCAUGUUCAUCUUCGAUCCUAAUCAGGGUUUGAUGUGUCUGGAGCAGAAACUGCCCAUGUCCUGGCACGCUUUCAAUCAGACACCUGAAUUCCACGAGAUACCGGAAAUUAGAGCAAUCGUGGACAUGAAGAAAUACUUCGUUACUUCGAAUACAACCUUCUGGAGUCUUUACUAUCAGUACAAACCGUAUUCGGAGCUGACGAACUGGUUACCGCCGUUCAAAGCGCAAGCCAUGAUUAUCGGUUCUCAGCAUUAUAUCACUUUUGACGGACGUUAUUUCGAUUUUGUCGGAAAUUGUACCUAUUUAUUAGCGAAGGAUUUCGUGCACAAUACUUUUGCAAUUUUGGUGAAAUAUAAUACAGAAACCGAAAAGAUAACUCACCAGAUCAUAGUAUUGGUUGGAAACAACGCCAUCGAAUUAGAUCUCUUUAACGAUACUAUGAAGCUGAUCUCCCAAUCAGAGGGCACUACGACAAAUCUACAGCUGCCGAUCGAAUUGGAUCAUGGUGCGACGUACGUUUAUCAAGUAGAGAACGUGGUGACGGUGGAACGCAAGCACGAUCAAUUCCGAUUGGAGUGUAAUCUCAAGUUCAAUUUGUGUACCUUAGAAUUAUCAGGCUGGUACUACGGGAAGACAGCCGGUCUCUUCGGCACGAUGAACAACGAACAAUUCGACGACAUUCUGGGAUCGAACAAACUGUUUUUAAAGGACACCGGCAGUCUCGCUCAUAGCUGGUCUAUCAACGAGAACUGCGUUGACACGACAAAUCGCGCCAACAAGAUCCAACAUCUGGACAAUGCAAUAUUCAAAUUCUGCGACGAGCUGUUCGUGAACAAGAGCUCAGAGUUCGGUAUCUGUUUCGGCGUGAUCGAUCCGAUUAUGUACGCUAGAAUGUGCCUGAAUAGCUUCACUGAAGACGAGGCCUGCACGGUGGCGAUGUCCUACAUGCAGAGGUGCAUGUUCCACGACACUUAUCUGAGAAUUCCCGACAAAUGCACUACGUGCACUAUGAUAGACGGUAGUCAGGUGGCCGAAGGCCGUUUCAAGCGAUUGGAGGACGACGAAGUACCCCGAUCAGUCGACGUGGUAUUCAUCGUCGAGGCAAAAAGCUGUAAUCGCAACAUGACGUCGAAUAGCAGCAUGGAAUUGUUGAUUACGCAGCUCGAUAAAGAACUGAAUGACCUAGGUCUCACGGAAAAUCGAUGGUCCCUGGUGAUAUUCGGCGGUGACGAAGUCUACGAUCGACCCAGGAGCAUCAUUCUCGACGGACAGAUUUUCACGAAGAACGUGGCACGCUUCACUGAUUAUUUCAAUUAUGUGCCAGUAGGCAACGGCAAUCAAGAUAUUUUCGCCGCGAUUGGAUUCGCUUCACGACUCGUCUUCAGGGCUGGCGUGUCAAAGACCUUCAUAUUGAUGCCAUGCUCGCAUUGCGAACCAGAGAAUCAAACAUUGGAGUACUCGGUAUUACAUCAAGUAUUGUUGGAACACGACAUCACUCUGCAUAUACUAAUGGAUGACGAUUUCCAAUUCGAGAAAGAGAAGAUCGGCAAGACCUUCUACGGCUUGGAUGCGUCCAAGUCGUACACCAGGAACGAUUUUAAAAAGCUACUCGGCGAUGAAGCUCUACGAAGACAGGUCAAGCUCUCCAAGAAUGUGCUGGGUUAUUGCACACCGCUGUCUUUGGAAACGAACGGGACGAUAUUCAGCGGCGACAAGCUGCGUCUCGAGAAGUCGGCUUUAAUUAAAAAGUUCGUGAGCGUCUUUGCGAAGAGGGUCGCCCUUACAGCCGAGCCGAACAAAUGUCAAUUAUGCGAGUGUACAGCUGAUAAUAACGGCGUCACGCAAAUGGAAUGCAUGCCUUGCGUAUAUCCAAUGCCUGUGUACGUGGAUUACGUGAGUGAAACUUUUAAUCUCAACGAGUCGUUCUCGAUGAUGCCGUCAGCAGAUAGUACUCAUCAUAGCCAAAUCGAUCCAGAGGACGAUUGAAGAUAUAAUUAAAAUAUAGUUAGAUUAUAUUAGAUGCUAGAUAACAGGUAUUAAUCAUAUUUAUUUGCAAUAUCUUUUGUAAUAUAAAAUAAUAUACCUACCUCCCUUCCCAAUCCAAGAUUUGUCUUAUAUUAAAGACAAUAUAUGAAAUAUAUAUUAAAAUUAAAAUAA